AUGUCUGACUCAGAUGAAAACCAAGCUGCAGCGAUUGAACGCACUGAUAGUGAUGAAUCGCUGAUAUUGAUGACCUCGUCUUUGCCUGCUGUCGUCAACUUUGUCCAGGAGACCCCCGGAAACCUCUUCGACGCUCCCAACGGCGCUGCUCUGAUCCAUGCGUGCAACUGCCAGGGUGUCUGGGGCGCAGGAAUUGCCCGUGCAUUUCGUGAUCGGUAUCCUGCCGCCUAUGAUAUCUACCGCAACCAUUGCCUCAUUUACAAAGGCCACCCAGUUACCAACAUCAUCACCGACCUACGCGAUGAGGACCCGCAGCCCUCUCUCGUUGUCGACCGUCCCCUCGGCACCGCGCUCAUCAUCCCACCCCAGCAAAGUGACAUCCUCCUACACCGCCGGCGCCAUUGGAUAAUCUGUCUUUUUACCUCGCAGAAAUAUGGCAGCCACGUGGAUUCGGAGGAUAUGAUUGUCAAUAACACUUUUGCUGCCCUACAAGACCUGAGUGAACAGCUACAAGUGCUUUCCCGACAGGCUCCGGAGACCAGUAGUGAGCGACCUCUGAGUCUCUACUCCAGCCGUUUCUGCACUGGCUUGUUCCGCGUUCCCUGGAACCGCAUUCUUAAAUUGAUCAACACGGUCGGUCUGAACAUCAAUGUAUACCACCCCUUUGAGUCCAGCAACCGCCGCGCUCGCCCCGUUCGCAUGGAGCGUCCCAGCGACAGUUACCAGGACUGA